GGGGGACGGGCGGAGGGAACGCGAGCGGGAGCGGAGCGCAGCGGGGAUCUGCUGUGCUGCUGUGCACGGCAGGAAAACAAAAAACAAGUGGAAAGUUACCGAGGCCGUGGGCAGGGAGCGCCUGUUUUCAUCCGCGUCCCGGAUUUCUCCUUUUACCUCCACGGGACGAUAAUCCCUAAAUCCCAACGAGAUUAAAGGCACCAAGAAAGCAGAAGGUCCGGAAGCCCUCCUGUGGCCAUGGCCCUGGUGAAGAGCGGAUGGCUCUGGCGGCAGAGCUCCAUCCUGCGCCGUUGGAAGAGGAAUUGGUUCGUCCUCUACCUGGAUGGCAGCUUGGUUUACUACCACGACGAGACGCAGCGCGACAUGGACGGCCGCAUCCACAUCAAGUACAGCUGUCGCGACGUGCGGACCGGCCGCGAGUGCCGCGACGUGCAGCCACCUGAGGGGAAGAGCCGUGAGUGCCUGCUGACCGUCGUGCUGCGCGACGGCUCCAAGACGACGCUGUGUGCUGAGAGUGAGGACGAUGCCAUUGCAUGGAAGAUGGCAGUGCUGGAGGCAAAAUCCACCCCGGUGCACGUCUAUGACCCCUAUGAUGAUGACUACUACCAGACGGUGCCCAUCGACUCCCACCAGACCGCCUACAUCAGCUCCGGCCACUACGGCCACCAAUAUGGAGCCCCCGGGGUGACCCACGUCAUCGUGCGCGAGGAUCCCUACCGCGUCUCCGGGGACCAGAUGGCCUUGGGGCUGCUGGCUGGGGCCGCCACUGGUGCAGCCCUGGGCUCCUUCAUGUGGAUGCCAUGCUGGUUUUAGUGGAUCCUUUGGCUCCCCAGCCCGAAGUAACGCGCCCCUGGCUUGGCACCCCGCAGAAAUCAUCCUUCUGGGACAAAGGGGAGCAACUCCAUCCCACCCACCCGCGGCUUUUGCAUCAGAUAACCCCCACGAACCCAAAAACCUCAGCCAAGACCUUUCGCUGCCCCAGGGAAACUGCUGGGGAUUGGGAGGAUGUGGCCCCGCAGCCUGGCACCAUCCCCACCCCAAAUCUCCAGCUGCAGAAAUACCUGAAGUUUUUUUUUUGGGGGGGGGGGAUGAGUUUGGAGGGGUGCUGCUCCCAGCAGCCCAUUUCAGGGGGGCAGCCAGGUUCUCCUUUACAAAACUGCUUUUUUAAAGGGUCUUUUGGGGGAGAGGUACCUGCACCGUAGUGGGGUUUUUUUUUUCACCCCAAACUGCAGCCCUGAGGAAGGGAUCUGCAAAUGCCCACGGGUGCCAGGGUAGGAAACAGGCACAGGGCUGGUGUGAAGAGCGAGGGAAUGGAGGAGGAUUUGAGUGCAAGGGGGGGGGUGAGAACCCUUAUCCCAUACCCACAGACCCCCACACACGUGAGCAGCUCCAUGCCUGUGUCUGGCUUUCAGGCUGCAGUCCCUGGGGCUGAGCAAGCUCAGGAACUGGGGACAAACCUUUGUGAACUGGGGUCAACAACCCAGGAACUGGGAUGGGAACUCCAGGAAUCAGGAACUGGGAUGGAAGCACCUGGAAUAGGAAUGGGAAUGCAGGAAUUGAACUAAGAGCAGAGAUUGAGAUGGGAAGCCCAGGGAGUGAGGUGGGAACCCAGCAAUUGGGAACUCCAGGACACGGGAUGGGAACACCAGAAGUGAGACAGCAAUGGCAGGAAGUGAAACGGGGAUCCAGGAACCAGGAUGGGAAUGCAAGAAUCGAACUGAGUGCACAGAAAUUAAGAUGGAUCCCCAGGAAGUGAGAAUGGGAAUCCAGGAACUGGGAUGGGAACACAGAAAUUGAACCGCAGGAAGUGAGACGGGAACCUAGGAAUUGGGAUUGGAAACUGGGAAUUCAAAUAGAAACCCUGGAAUUGGGAUGGGAACCCAAGAAUUGGGAUGAGAAGAGCCUUGGCCACAAUGAGGCUUGCCCAGCCAGCAUCUAGCAGCAGCAGCUCCAGGAGGGACACAAAGCACUGAGGUUUUGGGGAAUGGGAAGAGCUCCUUAGGCACUGAGGUUUUGAUUUGAGGUCGACGCAUGGGGACGGUCAUUUAGGGUGGCCCCAAGCCAGAGCAGUGCACAACGGGGCCACAUUCACACACUGAGCAGCACCAGGAGCAUCACUGCAAGAACUCUGAUAUGAAAUAAGCAGCUCAAGAAUUCAUAAAAAAAGAAAAAGACUGUAAAUCCCAAGUAGGAAACCAACAGCAGCACCAGCAACUGGCCCGUUCUUCGGGCAAAGCUUCGUCUCCUCGGGGCUCGGGAUGUCCCUGAUGUCACCCUCAUCCUUUCCCCAUCCUUCCUCACAUCACCACUGCUGCAAACCCAAUCCUGCAACCACUGUUUUUUGGAGAAAAUUAAAAUAAAAAGGCUAAUAAAGGCGGCCCCAGCGAGA